UUAUUUUCUUUUCUCUCUGAAAAAAUAUAAACUUAUUUGCUCGGGAACAAGAGUGUAUACGGAAAAAUUCUCGCUAAAACAGUACCGGGCACCAACCCGACCCGACCCGACCCUAUCCGAUCCGUUCAUCCUCCAUUUCUUUCUAGUAACUUCCAAGAAGCAAUUUCACCUUUUUCCAGCAAAUUCGACGACCAACACUUUUGAUAUUCAGACUCGUUAUGCGAAGAUGAGCUGGAGAAAGGGUUUUCGUUGUUUAGCCAAGCAAUACAAGUGCAGAUCAUCAGAAAGUUCCGUGACAAAUGAGCAUUGGAAUGGGAUUUUUGUUUUUGAAAACAGUUCUUUUGUCCACUCACAAUCACAAAGAAGAUACCUAUCGUCUUUGUUUAAUCAAAGUGGAAAUCUUUUUAAGGAAUUGACCUUUGAAGGAAAUAUGCCAGGGAGGGUUAGGCUACCUGGAUUUGUUUCUGGCAUUGCCCGAGGGGCAGGACCAGGUGCAGUUGUUGUAUCUCGCCAAUACGGGAAGAAGUCGGGAGAUGGUCCUGAUUUGAGCAGAGAGUUUUUUGUGCAGCUUUGGCUUGCUGACAAAAGGAAACAAAGAUCUGAAAGAAAACAAAAAAGAAAAUUGAGAAAUAUUCUAGACCAGAGAGGAACAGGUUUCGACACAUCUUUCCAAGCUCCGUCUGGAAAAUGGUUCUCAGGUGCCUCCAUUCCAGAAGAGACAUCUCACAGCAAAGUCAAGCCAAUUCUCAAGCAACCACCUACAAGCCAAUCUGUGACAGGUAUUUUGGAGCCAUCAUCACUUGAGGAGGUCAAGGUUGCACCUCUUCUUGCAAGAUCUAACUUGCUGAUAACAAGAGAUAUAGAGUGGGCUAAUCUCAUGCUUGGUUUUGAGCAAGAAAACAGAUAUGCAAUUAUGGAUGUCUGCUUCCCACAAGCGCCUGUAGGUUUUAUUCGUGAAAAAAGUAAUCUCCUUGCAAGACAGGCGCUUCGUACAAGGCGCCCAUUUGUGGCUUCCAUAACUGAUGGCUUGGGCAAUGAGCUCUUCAGGGUUCGGAGGCCCUUUUGGUGGAUCAACAGCUCAAUUUAUGCAGAGAUAAAUGGACAAGAGGUUGGUGUUGUACACAGAAGAUGGCAUCUCUGGAGGAGAAUUUAUGAUUUGUACUUGGGGAAUAAGCAGUUUGCUGUUGUUGAAAAUCUUGGCUUGUGGAAUUGGACAUUUACUUUGAAGGACAUCGAUGGGAAUGUGCUGGCUCAGAUAGAUCGUGAUUGGAGAGGUUUUGGUUUUGAGAUUUUCACUGAUGCUGGCCAGUAUGUGAUUCGGUUCGGGAAUGCAGAUUCUAGUAUAUGUCCUGUUACAGGGAUUGAAGAGUUGAAUGUGGCUCGACCGUUAAGCCUAUCAGAAAGAGCUGUAGCUGUUGCACUUGCUAUAUCUCUUGAUAAUGAUUACUUCUCAAGACAUGGCGGCUGGGGAAUACCGUUAUUUGUAAUGGGGGAAUGAGAUUAAAUGUAUACUUCACCAGACCCCCUUUUCUCGAAAUCUCUACAGCAUUCCUCGUUCCGUUUAUGAUCACCCAUCGGUCAGGUAUGCACUGGUUCCACUUUCAAGAAUUUGUCGAUGUAGUCUGUUCACCUUAUUAGGCUUAUGAUGAUGAUGAUGAUGAAAGUCUUCACUCUGGCGUAAGAUCCCACCCUAUCGCGUUUUUGAUGGGCACGUUAUGUGAUAUCGAGGCAUUUUUGCUAAAAACUUCGACUUGCUGUCACUGUCCUUGAACUUCUACUGCUUGCUUUUUCUACUGAGAAUCAACACGAAAUGUUAUGUUAUGUCAUGUCACAGUAUCGGUUCGAAAUGUAUACCUGCUGAAACUUUGCUCGGGCUCUCCGAACAUGUUGCCGCACCUGUGCCAGAUUCUUCAAAAGUACACUAUUUUUGGACACACACCCGUCGACAUUUUUUAAGAGUUUGAGCACCUUAGGUUGAAAUGACAGAAUGAUUUAUGGUAAAAGCUUUGAUAUUAUGGGUG